AUGUGGGCGGAGAACGGCAACGCGGAGGAGGGCGACCCGGUGGCGCAGGCGUGGGGGACCCGUGUGAGGCGCAGGCGGACGGCGAGGUGGGUGGAGAAGGGUAACGCGGCGAGGCGGGCGCGGAGGAAGUGGGCGUGGAGGAGGCGGGCGCGGAAGAAGGCGAGGCGGCGACGAGUGACGCAAAGGGGGAGGGCGAGGACGUGGGCGAGACGAGGGCGGACGAGACGAGGGCGAGGCGGAGGCAGGCGACACGGAGGAGGCGACAUGGGCUGGAACGACGCGGAGGAGGGGGAGAUGAAGGUGGUGGGCAACGCGGCGGCGCAGAUGGCCAAGGGGUGGGCGGAGCAGGGCGAGGAGGAAGAGGGCAGCGAGGAGGAGGGCGACGCAAAGGCGGGUGGCGGGGGCGGGCGACGCGGAGGAGGAGAGCGACGGGAGGGUCGGGCGGACGUCCUCAGGCCUGUCAUGGCAUGGGUGGGCGUUGGGAGUGCAGGAGAACGGAGCGGAGAACUCACUAAAACAAAGGGCCGCGGUACAUCGCCGCGGCUCCCAUAUUCCAAUCUCCAUAUUGAGGACGUCCGCAUGGACGUCCUCGCGCGGUGUGUUUGUUGUGAGAGUGGCCGGGAAGGUGACUGA